AUACUGGUUCAUACAUACCCCGAUAGGCCGAAGUUGAGGCGACAUUCCGCUCGAAGUUUCAGUCAUUUGGUAGUGCCCGCCACCGCUAGCCAGGAUUCGCUGUCGCAAGGUAACCAAUAGAAAUUAGCAUUCAUUAGGCACCAUGGACGACAUGCCAUUCCAGUCUGGCGGCAUUAAGGAGGUUGUCUAUGAGAACACCUUCAUCACAGACCCCGAGGGAUACGGGCCAAACACAAAAUUUGAGCGGCACAAGGUUCAGGCGGUGCUGAAGCAAGUUCUGAAGGAGCGCAUUGAGAAGCAAAAAUAUGACCCCGUGAAGGGCGCGCAAAUAUCCAAGCAGCUAGCAGACGACCUGCGGGAAAAAGUCAAGGCGCUGGGCUAUGACCGGUACAAGCUGGUGAUCCAGGUCACCGUAGGGCAAAAGCAGGGUCAGGCCAUGCGGAUUAUCUCCCGCUGUCUGUGGGACCAGACGAACGACAACUUUGCGUCGGAGUACUACGAGAAUGAGAGCAUGUACUGUGUAUGCCAGGUGUAUGGGCUGUACUACGAGUAAUGGUGCGGCCAAGCUGCCACGGCGCGGAGGAGGGGAGAUAGUUAGGCUUGCGCUGCCAGCUGACAGCGUGCAUAGCACUAUCGGGGACGUCGUGGUAUCACCAGCAUGGGACACAACAAAGGGAUGGGGACAGUCCUAUGCGCAGUCAACGUAGGCGGGCGCAUCAAACAGGUCUAUCGGUCGCGGGAUGGGCAAGCGCAGACGAGAGGCUGUGCAGCGGUGAAGAGGCAGGUCCUCGAUUUGUACCAUGGCAAGCUAGCUGAACGAACCAGAUGUGGUCGGGACCAUGAGAUGUUACUUUUGUUUGUGGUAGGACUCACACUACAACGAAGGCGGCGAAAAUACAUCGGUGUGAUAGGGAGUUUGCUUGAGCUCACCAUGCCAGUCAUAUGUGGGCGGCAUGGCGGCUUGCCGUUGCAAGGCUGUAACGGUGUAUGCGCGGCGGUUGCAGAAUAGGUCUGGGUGUUAUAGGAUUGAUGCCAUGCGUGGCCACGCUGGGGGUGUUGCUGCACGGCGGGGCGAUCCUGGGGGUUGAGCGCAGCACCUGGGGGUUACUGUUGACAGCACGUACGCUGCGCGCUGAGUGUACGAGAAGGGGCAAUGGCCAUGGCUGCAGCAGAAAUACAAAUCUUGACAACCAGAGCCAACACUGGUCCGCAUAAAAACGUGUAACGUGUAACCUACGAAUGCC